AUGGGUAAUAGAUCUAACAAAGAAGACAAUAUGGCAUUCACACUUCAUAGUUGGUAUAUGUCUCUGUUGACCAGUGUAUGUAUGUUGUUAUGUUGGUACAGUUCACCAUGUGUUCAUGCAGUGCCGAGUAUUACGCUAGAAAACACAGUGAUAGAGAGGGGUUCCCAGCUGUAUCUAGAGUGUUCAUUGAAUGUUACUAGUCCAUAUACAGUAAAUGACUUAGCAUGGUGUUUCAAUGAAAUCAAAAUACCAGAAAAGGAGUAUCAUAUAAAAGACAAUAAGACAUUGCUACUUAUUAUUGAAGAAGCCAAGUUGAGUCAUUCUGGCAACUACUCAUGUAAAAUGAUGUCAGACGAAAGUAAUUAUGCAAAGACACAUGUCAUAGUCGGGUCAAUACCAAAUCCUCCAGAGUCUGUGCAAGUUGUAUCUACUUCCAGUGAAAGCAUUAAAUGGUCUUGGAAGAAGCCAGCGGAUUGGACGGAUGACUACCAUUUAUUCUACAGAGUCCAGUAUUCAAGUGUUGCAUCAUCAUCAUCAUCAUCUCCAUGGCAACAGGACGUGCUUCAGAAGUAUGACGAAACAUCCUAUGAAUUAUCAGAUGGAAAGCCAUAUAUGGAAUAUUAUUUCAAAGUUUCCUGUAUCUCAGGAUUUGCUUAUCCAGAGAUAUCUGGAGAUGAGACUGAAAUAUGGAGUGAAUGGUCUGAUGUCAUAACAGCUAGAACAGAUGAAGCUGCCCCCUCUGGUACAAUUGAGAUUGGGAUAGCACCAGAUGAAGUAGUAAAUGGUGAACAGAGAGCAGUGAAACUUACAUGGAAGCCUCUCAAACCGGAAGAAACAAAUGGUGUAAUCUUGAAAUAUAAUAUAUGGAUAUGGAAACAGAAUGUCACUGAGUUUGGAAUGCAGCACAUAUCUAGGAGAUAUGUACAAUAUUUAGGGUUUAACAUGACAAAAACAACAGGAGAAGAAUACAAAUUUGAUACAGUCGAUUCAGCUACUACAGCCUAUACUAUUGAAGUAACUGUGCCUAAAAGUAGAUUGCAGAUUGUUAUUGUAGUGGUCUUUGUGGUUGCAUCUGUUAUUGGUGUUAUUAUAGCUUUCCUGUUAUUGAGACGGUCUUACCUUAAAAUGAAACGUAGAGGGAUCUUUAAACCUGUACCACAAGUCUCUUUUCCAUUUAAGAUUACACUCAGCAAUGAUAGUGGGUCUGGUAACCAAGGUAACAAAAGACAACAUAGAGAUAUUUGUGAUGAGGAUGAAGGUCUACCAAAUGCAAGAUUAUCAUCUACUGAAAGUGAUGGUAAAGAAGAUGGUAAAGAAGAUGGUGAUGUCAUGAGAAAACAUUGUAAGGACAAACAGACACCACCCUUGGCUGUGGUGCUUCCUCCAAAAUCGCCUGAUGACUACAGUCAGUUAACUAAUAAUGAUAACAUUCAUUUAGCAAAAAUGCCAAGUUGGAAUAAUUCAAAAAUAAAAUCACAAUUACCAAGUCAGCAAGGAUAUUGUAAAAUUUCGGUAGGAGGUGUUGUUAUGGCAACAGCCAUGCAAGCACCGGUAUCUAGAGUACCUAGAACAGUGCAUAUACUGACUCGUCAGAACCACAUUCCUACAUGUGUUGGAGAAUCAGUCAAUGGUGUCCAUGGCAACAAAACAUUAACAUCAUGUCAAGUGACUGCAAAACAAGCUGCAGUACAGAUACAUAACCCAUGCAAUGUAAGCAAAGUGUCAGUCAAUAGAAAUCAAGCAUCAAACAGUGAUGAGGAUCUUGGGUACAGCCAAGUGUCGGCCAAUAGAAAUCAAGCAUCAAACAGUGAUAGGGAUCUUGGGUACAGCCAAGUGUCGGCCAAUAGAAAUCAAGCAUCAAACAGUGAUGAGGAUCUUGGAUACAGCCAAGUGUCGGCCAAUAGAAAUCAAGCAUCAAACAGUGAUGGGGAUCUUGGGUACAGCCAAGUGUCGACCAAUAGAAAUCAAGCAUCAAACAGUGAUGAGGAUCUUGGGUACAGCCAAGUGUCAGCCAAUAGAAAUCAGGCAUCAAACAGUGAUGAGGAUCUUGGAUACAGCCAAGUGUCAGCCAAUAGAAAUCAAGCAUCAAACAGUGAUGAGGAUCUUGGGCAGAGCCAAGUGUCAGCCAAUAGAAAUCAGGCAACAGAUAGUGAUGAGAAUCUUGGGUACAGCCAAGUGUCGACCAAUAGAAAUCAGGCAUCAUACAGUGAUGUCCCCAUCACAACCAAUGACAAUGCUGCAAUUUGCAAUCAAGGUGAUAAUGGGUAUUGUAAAGUUACUCUUAAUGGCCAUCCAGUGAUUCAGGAUGAUUCUUCUAGCAUGUGGAGUGAUAGCAGUGAAAGUACUUACCCACCAGACAGCAUUGAUGGUGAAGAAGUGAUACACCAGUCACCAUAUAGAAUGUCUGGUUAUGUAGAGCAGCAACCAACAACACAAUCCAUAAAUAAUACUGGUGUGAGACAAGAAGCUGCUGGUGAUCAAUCAACAUCACAACACAUACAUGGUUAUGUUGCACAUGACACUACUGGUAGUCAGCCAAUGAACAGACAACAAACAUCACAACCCAUAAAUAUUGGUUAUGUUGCACAUGACACUACUGGUAGUCAGCCAAUGAACAGACAACAAACAUCACAACCCAUAAAUAAUGGUUAUGUUGCACAUGACACUACCGGUAGUCGACCAAUGAACAGACAACAAACAUCACAACCCAUAAAUAAUGGUUAUGUUGCACAUGACACUACUGGUAGUUGGCCAAUGAACAGACAACAAACAUCACAGCCCAUAAAUAAUGGUUAUGUUGCACGCGACACUACCGGUAGUCGGCCAAUGAACAGACAACAAACAUCACAGCCCAUAAAUAAUGGUUAUGUUGCACAUAAUGGCAGUAGCAAUAAGUCAUUGAACAAAUAG